UUCUCUGCGAUACACACAUCCACUUUUACCAUAAAUACAUCACUUUUUUGAGUACGGGUAUAAUUAAAAUGUUGAAGUACUUCAAAAACGGGUCGGUCAAAUUAAUAGUAGUGCAACUUUUCAAAAAAGACCACGGUCUAACAAAACUCUCUAAAAGUGUUUUUUAUAUCCAAUAUAAAAACUGUAUAUUCGAAAUUAACAACACUUUGGCAUGGAGCUUACUAAAUUUUGGCACCUUUCUGCUGAAAUCGUCCUCCAGGACCUUUGUAAAACGUCCCAAAAGUUGAUUGUGUUAUUUAUGAGACUUCUCGUUUCACAUUACACCAUACAUUCUCUAUUAGAUUGAGAUCGAUCCGACCAUUCGAAUGAAUUUACUCUAUUCGCAGUGGCAACUUUGCGACUGUCCUUCGGAUCGUUGUCCUUCUGGGACGUCAAAAUAAGUUGCAUAUCUCAGAUGCAUAAGGUAGAAUCAUUUCGGUCGAUAUUUGAAUAUAUGAAUGACGAGGAAAAACUCGGCCAAACCAUUGUUUAAGGAGCCGCAGUUUUUACUGUUUUUCAAGUAUAUUUUGGGGUAAAUUCAGAUGAUCGUAACCAUUAAAUUAUAAUCUUUAACGUUUCUUCUAAUGGUUUCAAUACUGCAUGCAAAAUUAAACAUUGUUUUUAAGGCUGAAACAGGAGCAAAAUGGUGUCCCCUCGCCUGUCGUAAUAGUUGAUGUACUGAUAUUUUGCCAAAUAACUUCAUUGAUCGCGCGUUUUGUUUUUUGGUUCUUAUUUAUUAUCAUUUCUGAUCAGAAUAGCUAAACUACCAAUAGUAUUAAGCAUCUCGAAAUAUUACUUUCCUACUGAAACGAGCCGUUUAAGCACGAACGCUUUUCCGCUCUAGAGUGUUUGCCACGCCCCGUGACACCGCACCUAAUGACCAAAAACGAAACUAAAAAAGCUUGAAACUGUUAAAUAAACCAUUCAAGUAUGGUUUAACAACGAAAGUUUUGAAUAAAAUGCAGUAGAUUUCAAAAUUUUCGGUAGCACUACUAUUAUUUUGACCGCAUCGAAAUGGUGAUAUUUAUCGAAAAAUCUCGAAAGAAACGGGAAACGCUAGUGUUACUUUGUCAUCAAGGACAGCAAUGCUUAAUAGUUGUAUGAGUAAAGAAACAAAUUCGAUUGUUGAAGGAAUAGGGGAAAAAUUAGCAAUAUGUAAAUCCAUUUGUAGCAUUAUUAUUUUGACCACAACUGUACAUGUGUGCUUGCUUGGUGCCUUCGAUUGUGGCUAUCCAUAUUCAAAAUACGGAUAAUGCGGCGUUUGCUGAGGUCAACGAUUUCUGUUACGUUGUCUUUCACGCUUUUGACGCUUUUUUUGCGACUUCGUCUAAGAGUGUAUUUGUGCGGGAACAGAGUGAAUAUGAAUUUUUAAGUUUUGCGGCUUAUGUAAACCAUUCAGCAAAAUGAGUGGAAGUGGCACCAUCGAACUUCAUAUGUAAUGUGGAAGAGAGUCUGGUCUGCACGCAAAUGAUGACAUAAUAGAAAACAGUUGAGAAGCAGCACGGCCUGCUGUACGGGUAUGCUGAGGUGAUUCAUGCCGACUAGAAUAUUUUGUAAUACAAUGAACCUCACUGGUAGUCGUCUAAAGAUACAUAUCUUGAAGGUCUCCCGAUAAAACAGUAUUCAAUUAGACUAAAAUGAAAUGCAUGUCUGCACUGGUAUUUUCGGCAAAUGUGUCAAAAAUAUCCGCAUAAAUAUAAUGGAGAAGCUGCUGGGCACCCUCAGUUGAAGAACUUACCUGAAGACCAAAAAAUGUCCAAAUAUUUAUCGUACCUCUGCCUAGUUUUGGUGUGGAGCGGCAAGUCACAUGGAGAUCACUUUGAUGAAUGUGAUGGAAUGGCAGACGAAUCGUUUGUCCAGAGUUUGGAUAGCUGUCAGUCUUAUGUGUAUUGCAUGGGCGAGGACUCGUUGAAGGGCGACUGCGAUGAUGGUGAAUACUUUGAUGCCGAGUCGGGGGGCUGUGAUGAUGCCGCCAACGUGCAAUGCUUUCUGGAUGAAGUCGACGAGUCUGGCGCGGAACAGGAGCCGGAAGAGGAAGAAGAGGAAGACUUUACAACAGCCACGCCACCUCCAACCGAUCCUGCACCUACGGUGGAUCAGCCAAGCGAAGUGGAUAUCCUUAACAUUGCGCCAGUGGUAAAGCCUAAUUGUCCAAUCAGCGACGAUCCCAGCCAGGUCAUAUUAAUGGCCAGCAACGAAUCAUGCUCAAAUUAUUAUCUUUGCUAUCACGGACAUGCCAUAGAAAUGCACUGUACCAACCAGUUGUACUUCAAUGCACUCACUGGGCAAUGCGACCAUGCGGAGAACGUUCAGUGUGAGCUGGAAGAUCCUCGGGCUCACAAAUGCCUACCCCAUAUGACAGAGUUCUUUCCGCACCCAGACAAAUGCAAUUAUUUCUAUUACUGCAUCAAGGGAUUUCUGACAAUCCAGCAGUGCCCCUUCUACUAUGGCUGGGACAUCGAACGAAGGAGUUGUGUGCAGAUAAAUGUGGCGAAAUGCUAUGGAAGUUCCCGGCAGAAGAUGUCAAAGCUUUGUGUUUUCUUAUUUUUAAUGGUCUUUCUUUUUGGUAUAUGUCAGGCGGACGAUUUCGAGGAGUGCAAUGGGAGUGAAAUGGGAUUUAUUUCCUCUCCAAAGAGCUGUGCACACUACAUUUUCUGUAACGGAAAUGAUUCAUAUGAUGGUGAAUGCCCUGAUGGCGAAUACUUCAGCUCUGGUACAGAAAUGUGUGAGCCAAUGGGCGAUAUUGAUUGUCGCACAGGAAUGGCUGUGGAGACAGAAAACACAUCAGGACUAGAGUCUAGUACAGAUAACUUAAUAGUGGUCAAUACUGAAUCGAUUUUAGUGGGCGAUACCAUAGCAUCCACGACUCUUAAUACCACUUCGCUGAACGUUACAUCACCACCAACAUCCGGCGAUGGACCUGGCAGCAGCACGACAAUCUUUCCCCCAAAUGUUGAGAUAAUUGUGGCCAAUAUUUGCCCCCGAGAGGAUAAUAAAAGCCUCAUCAUAUUAAUAGCAAAUCAAAAGUCUUGCACGGACUACUAUGUUUGUUAUCAGGGAGAACCGUAUCCCAUGAACUGUGCGGCCACUUUGCAUUUUAAUCCACGCACUGGAAAAUGCGAUCAUCCCGAGAGUGUGCGAUGCCUGGCGACAACAAAUAAUCCCCGGGAGCAAUGCAAAAGGCAUACAAUGGAUAUUUAUCCCCAUCCAGAUAAUUGCAAUUAUUUCUACCAAUGUCGUCUGGGAUAUCUAAUUGUACAGCAGUGUCCUUUCUUUUAUGGCUGGGACCAUGAGAAACGAUCCUGCGUGCUUCUUAGCCAGGCCAAGUGCUAUAACCAGAGGCAAUUUGAAGGAUAAUAAAACUUUAGUAUGUACUUUAAGCGUUGGGGAUAUUGUUUGAUUGUAAAAUUCCCUUUGUGUAUUCACAUCAAAAUAGUUUUAGAAAAAAUAAAUGGACUCACAGAUAUUAGGGCUGGCG